AUGCGAAGAAGAGUGAUGCGCGAGAUUGGGUUCUCGAGACGAAAGAAAGUAAAUACUAAGCCAGACAAGGAGAAACGAACGCAUUCAUCUGAUAUGGCCGAAUGGAUCAGCCAGACUGAUCAAUUGAAUACUUAUUUACCACCUUCACUGGAGAUGGGAUUGGGGUAUCCGACACUAUUAGAUGCCAACGCCCGCCGCAUACUCUCUCACAUGUUCUCCGACUUCAUUACAUCCUAUCUCCGCAUCUACCGCGACAAAUGGUUUCCAAGCACAAUCGGCAAUUCAUCAGUCUUUGACCAGAUGCUGUCAACAUAUGCCAAGCACCUUCUUAACUGGCAGCAAGCUACCACCAGAGACAACAUCAAUAAUGAUCUGAACGAAAUAAUUCUCUCGGGUCAUACAAAGACACUGGUAUACGUUAGAUUGAAUCUAGGUAGUACCGGUGACGAACUGGAAAAAGUUGCCGCGGCGAUUGUGUCGUUGGCUUGUUAUGCGCAUUUAUGUUUGGAUAUGGAGUCUUGGAAGAUGCAUAUGGCUGCUAUAACGCGGAUUUUUGAGAUUAGGAGGGAUUGGAAUCCUAGGUUGAUAGGACUUGUUGAAUGGGUUGAUUCAAUCGGCUCUUAUGAUCUUGACACUCCGCCUAUACUCGAGACGACAGAUCCAGUUGCCCAUGAAGUUGUUGAAUCUUAUCUAUUACCACCAGAUGGAAAUCAAAUAAUCACCUACCUGAACAACAGCCUCGUCUCCCCUGGACUUAUUGACGCUUUCACAGCUCUACAUUCAUUAAACACCCAGCUGAUCCUUCUACAUUCCGCACUCGGAAAGAGUCUAUGGCAAACAAUCACCCCGAUAGAAAUCGACCGUCUCGUCGACCCGGUCGUACGAAAGUUUCUCUCUCCAUCGGCACGGUUAGACUUACCUCUAUCCAUCGGCGCAUGCCUGCGAUCAGGCGCAUUGCUGUACUUGGCCGAGUUUCGACGACGAUCCGGGAUUAGUCCUGUAGUUGUGGAUGGGUUGGAAUUGCUCAAAGAUGAUGUUUCAGCUAUUGACCGAUCACUUUGGAUAUGGUUACUAACGAUUGGGGCUAUAGCAGAAAGGUCAGAUGGAUUCUUUCAUCAGUGGCUGGCAACGGAGAUUGCAGGAUUUGGGAUAAGGUCGUUGAGCGCGUACUAA